AUGUCCCUGACCGUCAGUGUGGGAAGACGCGCUCCGUCUAGCUCUCUCAACCUAGCCUCUUCACUGUUCAAAUUUCACCGGCGACUUCUAACCAUCUUGCUUUAACAGUGACAUUGUAGCAAGUUUUUCUUGCAUGGGUUAAUAUUGAUCAAUGAGAGCUAUAUAUGUAAUUUAAGUGAAUUAGAAGCAAUCUUAAUUGUUUCAAUUAAGUAUUCUUGGCAACGAAGAAUUGUUUCGGUAUUGUGACUUAUAUUCUUUAAGGAAAAAUAUAUUCUUGAUACCCGCCUAGAGGUUAGGCUGGGUAGGAAGAUGUGAUGAGAGAGAAACUAAUGAGGAAGAGACUAGGUUAACCUCGUUGAGGGUUCUGAAUUGUUGCUACGGUAGUGUUGUCUAGGGGGAAACACGGCGUGGAGGCGGCCAGAACACCGUGUUCCAGCCGUGUGCUGUUCACUAGGGGAAACACGGCGUGGUGGUGGCCGUGUAGUGUUCAGUAGAGGGGGAAACACGUUGUGGGUGUGGUAGUGUUCAGAGGAGCGUGGUGUACCUGUGUUGGUGGCCGCAACACACAGGGUGAAGGCGGCAGCCUGGUCACGUCACCACCCCCGCUGCUGGUGAUUGUGCCAGGCUCAUGGAUCGUUAUCUACGGUGCAUUGAGUGCUCUCAGGUUGUUGCCUAAAGCAUGGUGGCUCGCCUGUGUCUGCUGGAGUCACUGCUCACUGCUGCUGACACCGUCACUGCUAGUCACUGUGUGUCACGCACCACUGGUCUUCAUCACUGCUGAGGAGGCGCCAUGGUCGGGUGGACGGCUCGGUGGGAGCCGGGCGCGGGGACGGAGCUUCAUCACCACCACCGUGUGGCCCUGACCGACCACGUCGCCCUUCCCUCCACGCCCACGCCGCCCCUCCACCACCCUAGUCACGCCCACAACCACGCCGCACAUCUUCAGCCCCUCAGCAGUCACCCACACAGUUCUCCUGCAGAGGGCAGCAACAUCUGGUGUGUGGAAGCUGACCAAGGCUGCAGGCAGGACCCUAUUCCUUCGUCUUCUCGUGUACCUGAUGAAAACGCUGGUUUUUCUGGUGUAGGCCUACCUGUAAGUAGCGUAGUAGGUCCGGCACCCCCUCCACACGACCAUUCCUUCCUGUGUCGCGCUUCUGCACCUGCGGCCGUUAACGGUACUUCACGAGCGCCCUUUGUGUGUGGUGGGAGCGAGCGGUGGGGGUCCUCGCAGGACACAGAACCUCUCACUACCAACGGGGAGGUUGGACGCAGGAAGGUGAACGGUGCUAUAGUGAAGAUGGCAGCCGUGGAGGAGACCUUGACGGAGGAGGAGGAAGAAGGGGGGGAAGGGGAAUACCUAUGUGGACUUGGACGAUGGUGCUCCCCAAGUUGGGUUCAACGCUUUGCCACCAAACAGAUGUUCCUCAUUGUGUUUUCUUUAACGUCAGUGCUUCAGGGGAUGUUUUACACGUACUUUGUAAGUGUGCUCACUACCGUAGAAAAGUUGUUUCAGUUAAAGAGUAAAACAACCGGGAUUAUUAUGAGUGCUACGGAGAUGGGCCAGAUAGGCGGUGCUCUCCUUCUUGCCUACUACGGCGGCCAGGGACAUAGACCUAAGUGGAUAGGCUGGGGAAUGAUUCUCUUCGCCUUCUGCGCCUUCCUCUGUUCCCUUCCACAUUUCUUGUUCGGCCAGGAGCUCUUGAGGAAGCACCUGGAGACUACGCCGUCAGAAGACAGCCCACUGGCGAGCGCUAACAUCUGCAGGCAGCCAGGCGCCAAAAGCGCCAUUGGCGGCCUCAACACCACUUUGGCCUCCCUCCCUCCGGGACUGCUGGAGGCCUCGCAGGAUCGUCGACUCGACUUCGAGUAUUGUAAUUCUCCUGACGGCGAGACACAGGUGGUUCUCUCUAUCUUCUUCUUGUCGCUUCUGGGAAUUGGCAUUGGCCAGACGGCGGCCUACAAUCUUGGUAUUCCAUACAUUGAUGACAAUAUCGCCAACCGCGAGACGCCUAUUUACUUUGCGGUGACGAGCGGGGUGCGGAUCCUGGGACCAACGCUGGGCUUCGUGUUGGGGUCCUUCUGCACCCGACUGUAUGUUGAUCCUAUCGCAGAUCCUGGCAUAGAUCCUACGGACCCAAGAUGGAUAGGUGCCUGGUGGCUAGGAUUAAUGGUCGUGUCUGUAGCAUUAUUUCUAACAAGUACUGCAAUGUUUGCCUUCCCUCGUCGCUUGCCAAUGUCACCGCGGCCAUAUCGCCCCAAUCUACAGCCACCAAUCCUCAGCCCUUCAUUACGAGACUUCCUGAAAACGGUAUGGCGCCUACUGAAGAACAAAAUCUUAAUAUUCCGGACAGCAAGCAGUGUUCUACACAUCCUGCCUAUUGCAGGUCUCUACACUUUCCUUCCCAAGUACCUGGAGAGUCAGUUCCGCCUUCCCGUCCACAGUGCUGCAUUGGUUUCUGGUAUUGGAGGUAUUCUGGUCAUGGGUGUAGGCAUCUUUGCCAGUGGUGUGUUCAUAAGGAGAGCCAAGCUGACGGCUCGCACUGUUGCUGCCUGGAUUGCUCUCACUGCCUUCAUCUACUCAAUAGGUAUGGUGAUCCUGAUGUUUGUUGGGUGUCCUCCGGAGAACUUUGUGGGUGUCGUAGAAGACGAAAGUGGAAAGCACUUCACGCCAGUGUGCAAUAGGACGUGUGGUGAGUGUGAUGCCACCACCUUCGCUCCAGUAUGUGACCUGCAAGGCAACACCUACUUUUCCUCCUGUCACUUGGGGUGCUCUAAUGCCACUCUUUUUAAGGAGACCAAUCAACUUGUGUUCUCCAAUUGUGAUUGCUUGGAGGAAGGUCAGACAGCAGUAUUGAAGCUGUGUGGAAUGAAGUGUAACAACUUUGUCUGGUACGUCAUCAUCUUCUCUGUGUUUGUGUUGAUACAUUCCACGUCAGAGGUGGGUGGCAUGCUGGUGACUCUCCGCUGCGUAGAUCCUAAGGACAAGGCCAUGGCACUGGGCCUUAUCUCUGUAGCUAUUGGUUUAUUAAGUAAUGUGCCAUGUCCAAUUAUAUAUGGUGCUGUAGUUGAUUCUGCAUGCAUCCAUUGGAAGGAAACAUGUAGAAAGGCAGGUGCUUGUCAGCUCUAUGAUUCUGAUGCUUUCAGGAUGUUCUUCCAUGGCAUGACAGGUGCUGUUAUGAUGUUAGCAUUUGUGGUGGAUGUAGUAGUAUGGUACUUGGCAAAAUCUGUCUCUUUUAAUGACGAAGAUGAGAAUCUAGAGGAGGAAACGCCAAUGAACCCAAAAUCUGUUUCCCCCUCUUCGUCCACACCCAUAGCAGUUGAUCAAACGCCAACAACGUCCACGCCUCAAGAAAGUAUUCCCAUGCUCUCUCCUAGCGAAGGAGAUCCUUCAAUCAGUCAAGAAAGCCAAUCGAGUGUGUGAAAAUAGAAAUGUUAGAUAUAUGGUUUGUAUUUGUCAUGUAAAUAUUCCUACCACCAUUGUAUAUCUACACUUUUUGUAUUGUUAAUCUGGGUCUGAAAAUUCAUUUAAUCACUCAUUCCAUGCCAAUACUGUGCCACAGAUAUCUGGGGUUGUACUUUGGGUUUAUAACCAAGCAGGAGUAAAUUUUGAGUAUUUUAGCAGUCAUUGUAA